AUGCAACGCUACAGAAUGGGGGGUUCUAUGAUGGAGACCAGCACAGUCUCUGUCCUGUGCCCCGCACAGAAGCUGGACUGGAAGGGAUCGAGUCUGGCCGUGUCGUUUAAGAAUUGCUGCAAUGGCUCCGCUGCUGCCCUCUCCAUCACCUUGCCCAGGAACGAGAGCCCGGUGCUCCAGGAUGCAGACCUGACUUUGGAGAGCUGUGCUUCCAGCCAAGAUCCUGAGGAGGAAGCGGAGGAACCCCCUCUGCUGCCCCCGGACGACGUUCCUUACUGUCCAGAGGUGUCUCCUUUCCUUGGAGGCCCCAUUCGGGUGUCCUUUCCUCCAGGCCUGACACUGGAAGACAUUGUGCAGAAGAAUCCUUAUGUGAGCAAAGGGGGUCGCUACCGGCCCACAGACUCUGAUUCCACCCAUAAAACAGCUGUGAUCAUUCCCCAUCGCAAUCGGGAGAAACACUUGAAGUAUCUGCUCUACUACCUGCACCCGUUUUUACAAAGGCAGCAGCUUCGCUAUGGCAUCUACAUCAUCCAUCAAGCCGAGAACUAUAUAUAUAAUAGAGCCAAACUCUUGAAUGUGGACUUUAAGGAGGCUAUGAAGGAUGAAGACUGGGAUUGUAUUUUCUUCCAUGAUGUGGACCUUAUCCCUGAAGAUGAUCGCAACAUGUAUACCUGUGACCGGUUUCCUAAACAUGUGGCUGUUUCUAUGGACAAGUUUGGCUACAAGCUUCCCUACAAGUCCUACUUUGGAGGUGUUGCCGCACUCAGUCCAGAGCAAUAUAUGAAGAUGAACGGCUUUCCCAACAACUAUUGGGGUUGGGGCGGUGAAGAUGACGACAUUGCAGUCCGGGUGGCGUUGAGUGGGACGGUGAUCUCUCGCCCAUCUGUUCAGCAUGGCCGUUACCGUAUGAUCAAACAUGGACACGACAAGGGCAAUGAGCAGAAGCCCAAGAGAUUUAACUUGCUGGCCAAGACAAGGAGAACAUGGAAACAGGAGGGUAUGAACACAUUGGAGUACCAGCUGCUUUCCAAGGAAUUGCACCCUCUCUACACAAAGAUCACUGUCUUCAUUGGCACUGAGAAGGGAAUGCAACGGUCCACGUGAGGCACUUGCUUCAAAGUAGCAUGGAACAAGAGCCUCCCUCUUGACAUUGCUCCUGGACUGAGAAAACCAAAGAACCCGGAAAGGGAUGCCUAGCCCUGAGCACUGCCGUUGUGUCAUGCAUGGGGAGACUGCAGUGGCCAGCAACAUGCCAGGGUAGUUGUCCCAGAGACUCCGUGGGAACUUUAUACACGCUUUCCUUCCACCUGUAAAAAAGUUUUAAAAACAUAUCUUUUAUUAUUAUUAUUAUUGCAUUUUUUCUUGUCUCUUA